CUUGAGGAUGGAGUAAGAAAUGAUUCGUAAAUGGUUGAAUUAUCAAAAGAUACAAAAAGUGAUAUAUGCAUAAUAAAAUUUAAUGAGGAAUGUAAUGAUGAUCGUCGAGAAAUUAGACCAUGAUUCCUGAUAUUGAUAAUAAGUAUCAAAUGAACAUAGCUAAGUUAUCAAAUGAGAAAAACAAAACAUUAUAUAAUUAUGCAAUACACAGGAAUAUAAAAAUAGGAGAGACAAUAAAGAAUUAUAUAAUAUAAAUUUAGAACAGGGUAAAUGAAAGAAGGAGAUAAAUAAAACCAAUUCGUUUUAAGACUUUAUAGACUACAAGAACUGAGAGUAGUGGUGAACGUUCUUACAAUAUAUGUCUUUAGAACUCAAUUUAUCUAAAAAAUCGUAAAUCUGUUAGAACGAGUUCUGUAAUUAGUGCAAUAAAAACAUAAUAAUCAAAUUCUUAAGCAAGUUUUUAAAAGAAAAGUUCGAUUCCAAAGUUGA